CUAUAGUAGCUAAAGUAAACCCAAGAUACCCUUUGUUAUUGUCGUUAGCUUCUAACUUGUGUUCCACCACAUAUAUUGCAAUAUGGCAAAGACAUUCACAACCCAAUAUCUAAAAUUGUAUAAUGUUUUAUCUUGCUUUUUAUGGCUAAGUGUCUUAAUUCGAGCUGGCUUGCUUUGGCAUAUCUCUGGUGAUCAGAGAGUGGUCUUCAAUCAAACAAACGUCUUGGUACGUUGGGUCCAAACAUUGGCCUUAGCAGAAGUCUUUCAUAGUAUUCUAGGAUUCGUAAAAUCAUCUCCCUUCACUACUUUUAUCCAAGUCCUUUCUCGUCUUAUCCUUGUUUGGGGAGUCUGCUUUCUUUUUCCACAAAGCAUCAAUACCUCUUCUAUCUACAUAUUCAUGAUUUUAGCUUGGUCCGUUACUGAAGUUAUCCGUUACGCAUUCUACGCUUGUAAUUUGGCUGGCAGCGUCCCAAAGUGGCUUUUAUGGCUUCGUUACAAUACUUUUAUUGUUCUGUAUCCCAUUGGUGCCGGAAGUGAAUUCUUGCUCGUCCUUAAAACAUUUCGUAUUGCCUGGAAUACUUUCCUUAUAAGUAAAAUUGUGUGGACCGCUGCCACUGUAAUCUAUCCUUUCGGAUUCUAUAUGUUGUACACGCAUAUGAUUUCUCAACGUCGUAAAGUUCUUAAGCUCUCAAAGAAGAAUGUUUAGGUUUGAGACAUAGUGGAACAUUGCUUCUUUAUCUGACUUUCAAUUCCUUCAUUGCUUCCAUUUGCUAAAAGGCUUUUAUACUAAAUCACUCUUUUCCUUAAUCAAUUCAUUUUAAAAGACUAUACAAACAAUUGAUAUUUGUUUAUUCUAUUUCCUUCUUUCUCAUGAGAUACCAUUUCUCAUGGGUUUUGGCGACAAAAAGGUCAUAAAUUAUAUGAAAGCACAGUACUUAACACAGAAUUUUUAGUAAAG